AUGGAGGACAAACGCAACAUCCCCAUCAUCGAGUGGGAGCACCUGGACAAGAGGAAAUUCUACGUCUUUGGGAUUUGCAUGACUAUGAUGAUCAGGGUGAGCGUGUACCCCUUCACGCUCAUCCGGACGCGGUUGCAGGUUCAGAAGGGCAAGAGCCUGUACAACGGGACUUUCGACGCCUUUGUGAAAAUCCUGCGGACAGAAGGGACGGCCGGGCUCUACCGUGGUUUUUUGGUCAACACCUUCACCCUCAUCUCCGGGCAGUGCUACGUGACGACAUACGAGCUCACCCGCAAGUACGUGUCCCGCUACAACAACAACAACGCCGUGAAGUCGCUGGUGGCCGGCGGCUCGGCCUCCUUGGUGGCCCAGAGCAUCACCGUGCCCAUCGACGUCGUCUCCCAGCACCUGAUGAUGCAGAGGAAGGGGGAAAGCAUGGGCAGGUUCAAGGUGCAGAACCAGGACGGCAAGCGGAUGUUGGUCUUUGGCCAAACCAAGGACAUCAUUGUGCAGAUUUUCAAGGCCGAUGGCUUUAGAGGCUUCUACAGGGGCUACGUGGCCUCUCUGCUCACCUACAUCCCCAACAGUGCCGUCUGGUGGCCCUUCUACCACUUCUAUGCGGAGCAGCUUUCCAGCCUGACUCCUAAGGACUGUCCCCAUCUUCUCCUGCAAGCAAUAUCGGGGCCCCUCGCGGCCGCCACGGCUUCCACGCUCACCAACCCCAUGGACGUCGUCAGGGCUCGGGUUCAGGUGGAAGGGAAGAGCUCCAUCAUCCUCACCUUCAAACAGCUCCUGGCGGAGGAAGGCCCCUGGGGCCUGACCAAGGGCCUCUCUGCCCGCAUCAUCUCGGCCACCCCUUCCACCAUCGUCAUCGUGGUGGGCUACGAAACCCUGAAGAAGCUGAGCCUCCGCCCGGAGCUGGUGGAUUCGAGACACUGGUAGGGGCGACCGGUGG